UGGUAAACAUUUUAGUGUUGGAUAACCUUCGAGUCCUAAUCCAGGUUUCAUCAGAUACUUAAAGUUAUAACUUGCUAUAUAUGACUUGUGUGACACGUGUUUAGGAGAGGAUCAAGAGAUUAUAAGCAAAACCACACUUGGAAGUUAAAUCAUAUAAUUUAAUAAUGAAAUGAUUACUGGGUUGAAUUGUGAUUUAGUCAGUUUUUACGGUUUGUUUCAUUUUUUUUAAAAAAUAAAUUUAAAAGAGAAAAAAAUAAAAAUAGUACUGUACAACAAGGGCAUGACAGUAACUUGAGAAUCAACACCUCACCCAAGCUUAUUACUAUAAUAAUCUCCAUCCAAGUCGUCUUUCCCGAGAGAAAAAUCACACGCAGACACAGUCUCUUUCUCUCUCUACUCAUCUUUCUAUUUAUCAAUUCUCAGAAACACAGUCCCACUUCGUUUUCUUCAUAUCAUCAUCUUCUGAAACUCUCUAAAGAUAUACCCUUUUGGUUUCUUCUUCUUCUGAGCGAUGGGUACGAGCUGCCGUUGUUCUCAUACUUCUCACAUCACUGAAAUCAUCAUAACCAGCUUCUUUCGCCACAAGCUAUAGAAAUUACCUCAAACCAACACCCAGAAGAAAGCCUUACAUACAUGGUUGUUUAAGCAAAAACAAAAAUUACAAUAUAUUUUAAAUCCUUAAAGAGCAAACAAAAGAAGUGAAGUUAAUUUGUGAGUUUGAACAAAUAUGGCGGGUGGGAGAGUUUAUGGAGGCAGUACUGGAUCUUCCAGUCUUAGUGUUUUGCUUCAGAAUCAAAGGGGUUCUUCUGCUACUGAGCCUCUUGAUUCUCUUUUCCUCUCAGGGUCUUGCAAUUCCUCUUCUUCUCCUUCUUUUUUAGGAUCAAGAUCCAUGAUGAGUUUUGAAGAUGUUAAUGGUGCAAAUGGAUCGAACAAGUCGUUUUACCGGUCAUUUGGCUGUGAUGAAAUCGGAAUUGAUGAUGACUUCGAUGAGUAUUUUCAUCAACCCGGAAAGAAAAGGAGGCUCUCAGUGGACCAAGUCCAGUUUCUGGAGAAAAGUUUCGAGGUUGAAAACAAGCUCGAGCCAGAAAGAAAAGUCCAACUUGCUAAGGACCUUGGGUUGCAGCCUAGGCAGGUAGCCAUAUGGUUUCAAAACCGCCGAGCCAGGUGGAAAACAAAGCAGAUGGAGAAAGAUUACGAUGUUCUACAAGCAAGCUAUAAUAGCCUCAAGGCUGAUUAUGAAAGCCUCCGCAAGGAGACUGAUAAGCUAAAAACUGAGGUUCAACUUCUGUCAGAUGAGUUGCUGAAAAGAGAGAAAGAGAAAGAGAGUAGUAACUCAGAAGUGUGUGAUGAUUCCAACAAAUUGUGUGAUCAAGAAGAGCUAGUGGAGAAGCCAAUAAUAGGAGAAUCAGCAUCGGAGGGUGAGAUAUCAAAAGCUUCAACAACAGUGGUGUGUCAACAACUAGAAGAUAUUAGCUCGGUCAGGAGUGAUAUAUUCGAUUCAGAUAGCCCACGUUGUUUCACUGAUGGGGUUCACUCAAAUCCACUUAUGGAGCCUGCAAGGGAUUCCUCAUAUGUAUUUGAGGCUGACCAGUCUGACCUUUCCCAGGAUGAAGAAGAUAAUCACUUCAUCAACAGGACCUUCCUGCCUUCUUCUUCUUCUUCAUACAUCUUCCCAAAGUUGGAAGAUGUUGAUUACUCCGACCCGCCUGAAACUUCAUGCAAUUUUGGAUACCCUGUUGAGGACCCUGCCUUUUGGUCAUGGUCUUUCUAAGCUUUUCUUUUCUUUUUUUUUUAGUCUUUUGGUAAAUAUUUUUGUCUUGUCUUUUCAAUUUCUGGGGUUUAUGUCUUGUUUAAAAAACCAUGUUAAUAGCUAUAUAUAUUUCUACCAAUAAAAGUCAUAAAUAACGAACUGAUCUUAAUAUGUUUGAGUUAUGGCCUGCAUAUACAAAGAUGAUGGUUUUCCCCCCAUUCUGUAAUAUUUUCUGUUUGCUUGUUUAUUUACUAAUGCUCUGUUGUUAAUUGUUGAUGCAAUUGUAUAAGAAUGCCACUAUUUCCUUCCAAUUCAAUAAUAAAUGAGGAAAAUGUUUACUCCUUUAA